AGGGAAGCAGUCAGGAACUAGAUCAAAUAAACCAGAGCAACACUAACACUCACGUACUUUCCAUGAUCCCACCACUCUCCCAAUUCCUCAAUUUUGCUUCAGAGCAGCUUCUUCUUCCUCAAUUUCCAUUACCCUUUUUCAAAACCUAAUCAAAGGUAUCACCUUUUCUGAGAAAGGUAGCAAAUUUACGGAGUUAUGGCUUCUGGGAGCCGGGCAACACGCACGCAACACCACCACCAGCCUCAGUCUUCGGCCACCAGCAACCAGCGAGGUCAUCACAACAUUGAGUCCGUCAGCAAAGCCAUUGCUCAGUACACUGUCGACGCCCGCCUUCAUGCUGUUUUCGAGCAGUCUGGCGAAUCGGGUGGGUCGUUUGAUUACUCGCAAUCUGUGAGGACCACCACACAAUCCGUUCCCGAGCAACAGAUCACUGGCUAUUUGUCUAAAAUUCAGAGGGGCGGCCAUAUCCAGCCUUUCGGCUGCAUGAUUGCCGUCGACGAGCCCAGUUUUCGCGUAAUUGCGUACAGCGAGAACACCUGCGAGAUGCUCGGGUUAACUCAUCAAUCAGUGCCCAGUCUUGAGAAGCCUGAGUUUCUCGCAAUUGGGACCGAUGUGCGUACUCUUUUCACGCCUUCUAGUGGAAUUCUGCUGGAGAAAGCAUUUGGGGCGCGAGAAAUUACGUUGUUGAAUCCGGUUUGGAUUCACUCCAAGAAUUCUGGGAAGCCCUUUUACGCGAUUUUGCAUAGAGUUGAUGUUGGUAUUGUGAUUGAUUUGGAGCCUGCGACAACGGAGGACCCUGCCCUGUCCAUCGCUGGGGCUGUUCAGUCACAGAAGUUAGCUGUGCGUGCAAUUUCGCAGUUGCAGUCACUUCCUGGUGGGGAUAUUCAGCUUUUGUGUGAUACUGUUGUGCAUCUUGUGAGAGAGCUAACUGGAUAUGAUAGGGUCAUGGUGUAUAGAUUUCAUGAAGAUGAGCAUGGUGAGGUUGUGGCUGAAAGUAAGAGGCCUGACUUGGAGCCCUACAUUGGUUUGCAUUAUCCUGCCACUGACAUUCCUCAAGCAUCAAGGUUUUUGUUUAAGCAGAACAGGGUUAGGAUGAUAGUGGAUUGCAAUGCUACACCUGUUCGAAUUAUUCAGGAUGAUAGGUUAAUACAGCCUCUUUGCUUGGUUGGUUCUACACUUCGAGCUCCUCAUGGUUGCCAUGCGCAGUAUAUGGCUAAUAUGGGGUCAAUUGCUUCCUUGGCAAUGGCAGUUGUCCUUAAUGGAAAUGAUGAGGAAGGUCUUGGUGGAAGGAACUCAACGAGGCUUUGGGGUCUUGUUGUUUGCCAUCACACGUCUGCCAGAUGCAUUCCUUUUCCGCUUCAGUAUGCUUGUGAGUUUUUAAUGCAGGCCUUUGGCCUGCAAUUGAAUAUGGAAUUACAAUUGGCAUCUCAAUUGUCAGAAAAACGUGUGUUAUGGACCCAGACUCUUUUGUGUGAUAUGCUCCUUCGUGACUCCCCUGCUGGAAUUGUUACUCAAAGUCCCAGCAUCAUGGACCUUGUGAAAUGUGAUGGUGCUGCACUUUAUUACCAAUGCAAGUACUAUCCACAAGGUGUGACGCCUACUGAGGCUCAGAUAAAAGAAAUUGUGGAAUGGUUAUUGGCAUGCCAUGGAGACUCAACAGGUUUAAGCACAGAUAGUUUGGCUGAUGCUGGCUACCCUGGGGCAGCCUCGCUUGGGGAUGCAGUCUGUGGAAUGGCUGUUGCUUACGUCACCAAAAGGGAUUUUCUAUUCUGGUUCCGAUCCCACACAGCAAAAGAGAUCAAAUGGGGUGGCGCAAAGCAUCAUCCAGAAGAUAAGGAUGAUGGACAGAGGAUGCAUCCACGAUCUUCCUUCAAGGCAUUUCUGGAAGUAGUCAAGAGUCGGAGUUUGCCUUGGGAUAAUGCAGAGAUGGAUGCAAUCCACUCAUUGCAGCUUAUUUUGCGGGACUCAUUUAAGGAUGCUGAACCUACCAAUUCUAAGGCUGUUGUGCAUGCCAAGAUAGGGGAGCUAGAGCUACAAGGAGUGGAUGAGCUCAGCUCAGUUGCAAGAGAAAUGGUGAGAUUAAUAGAGACAGCAACUGCUCCUAUAUUUGCUGUAGAUAUUGAUGGCUGCAUUAAUGGAUGGAAUGCGAAGGUUGCAGAGUUGACAAGUCUGUCAGUUGAGGAAGCUAUGGGGAAGUCCCUUGUUCAUGAUCUUGUUUAUAAGGAAUAUCAAGAAAAUGUUGACAAGCUUCUUUAUCGUGCUUUGCAAGGUGAAGAAGAUAAGAAUGUAGAGAUAAAAUUGAAGACAUUUGGCUCAGAAGAUCAUAAGGCUAUAUAUGUGGUGGUCAAUGCUUGCUCUAGCAAGGAUUACACAAAUAAUAUAGUUGGAGUUUGCUUUGUUGGUCAGGAUGUCACUGGCCAUAAGGUGGUGAUGGACAAAUUCAUCAACAUACAAGGUGAUUACAAGGCCAUCAUCCAUAGUCCCAACCCUUUGAUUCCUCCUAUAUUUGCUUCAGAUGAAAACACAUGUUGCUUGGAGUGGAGUACUGCUAUGGAAAAGCUCACAGGGUGGUCGAGAGAAGAAAUUAUAGGAAAGAUGCUGGUUGGUGAGAUUUUUGGCAGUUGCUGUCAUCUCAAGGGUCCAGAUGCUUCGACCAAAUUUAUGAUUGUUUUGCACAAUGCAAUUGGAGGAGAGGAUACAGACAAGUUUCCUUUUUCAUUCUUUGACCGAAAUGGGAAAUAUGUCCAAGCACUCUUGACGGCAAACAAGAGGGUCAAUAUGGAGGGACAGAUUAUUGGUGCCUUUUGCUUCCUGCAAAUUGCAAGCCCAGAGUUGCAACAAGCACUGAAGGUCCAAAGGCAACAGGAAAGGAACCGAUCAUCAAGGAUGAAAGAGUUGGCUUAUAUUUGCCAGGAAGUAAAGAGUCCGUUAAAUGGGAUCCGUUUUACUAACUCACUCUUGGGAGCUACAAUUUUAACAGAAGAUCAAAAGCAGUUUCUGGAGACCAGUGCUGCAUGUGAGAGGCAAAUUGUGAAGAUUUUAAGGGAUGUUGAUCUGGAGAGCAUUGAAGAUGGAUCAAUGGAGCUUGAAAAGGCCAAAUUUUCCCUUGGGAAUGUCAUAAAUGCUGUUGUUAGUCAAGUGAUGCUAUUGCUGAGGGAAAGAAAUCUGCAAUUGAUUCGGGAUAUUCCAGAGGAGAUCAAAACUCUGGCUGUUUAUGGUGAUCAGGCAAGGAUUCAGCAGGUCUUGGCUGAAUUUUUGUUGAAUAUGGUGCGUUAUGCACCAUCUACUGAAGGUUGGGUAGAGAUUCAUGUUCAUCCAUCCAUGAAGCAAAUAUCUGAUGGACUAACUAUCGUGCAUACAGAAUUCAGGAUGGUUUGUCCUGGGGAAGGCCUUCCCCCUGAAUUAGUUGGAGACAUGUUCCAUAGCAGUAGAUGGAUAACUCAGGAGGGCCUAGGACUUAGCAUGUGCAGAAAAAUCUUAAAGCUUAUGAAUGGUGAGGUCCAAUACAUCAGAGAGUCAGAACGAUGUUAUUUCUUGAUUAUCCUUGAACUUCCCAUACCACCAAGACAGUCAGAGAGUGUUGACUAGUUUUCUGCCCUUGAUAUACUCCAGACCCUAGAUCUUCAUUCAUCAAACUUAGCAUGAGCUAUCAUUUCUAUCACAUACCAUGGGUGCCAUAUUUACUUCCUACUUUCAUAACUUGACCUAAAACCCACCUCCUUCUAUCAAUGACCUUCAACACAAUCAUGAAUUUUGGAUAGAACUGGAAGGAAACUGUAAAAUCUCAUAUUGAACUGCAGUUCUGAGUUGCGUUCCAAGGUGAACAACUGUUGCAAGCUUGCAGGUAUGAACCUCAACAUGUGGUUGGACAGAACUGUUGUCUACGACCUGUCAACAUGUAUGUUAAAUAUAUUUUAUGUAUAAUAUCUUCUCGAAGCUACGCAGAGAUAAUUGUAACACACACACUUAUACGGAUACAUCCUCUGUAAUAAAAUCAGUUCUCUUUC